UCGUGCGUUAGCAUCUGGCGCUAGUCCCUCCCAUAUAGUGCUAGCGGAGUUAACUGCACGUCUGGUCACGAGCUGCUGGAAUAAUAAAACGUCAGUCGGAAUAGCGCUAGUCGCCAUUUCAUCCUCCGAGGGGUCGAGACGUUCACAGCAGCUUCAAGAGUGAAGUGGAAGUUCCACAAUGGUGAAAAUAUUCAUUGGGAACUUGUCACCAGACACUACAUCAGAUGAACUUCGUUCUCUCUUUUCCCAAUAUGGCAAGAUUGCAGAAUGCUCUAUUGUCAAGAACUUUGGCUUUGUACACAUGGAUGACAAAGCAGAGGCUGAAGAAGCUAUCCGCAACCUUCACCAUUAUGAGCUGAAUGGCCAGCCUAUGAAUGUAGAAUUGAGUCGUGGCAAGUCAAGAGGAUCUACCAAACUACAUGUUGGAAACAUUGCCUGUACCAAUCAGGAGCUGAGGGCCAAGUUUGAAGAGUUUGGCGCUGUGUUGGAGUGUGACAUAGUAAAAAACUAUGCUUUUGUUCAUAUGGAGCGAAUGGAGGAUGCCAUGGAGGCCAUUAAUCAGUUAGACAACACGGCUUUUAAAGGCAAACUGAUGAGCGUGAAGCUUUCGACUAGCCGCCUGCGUACUGCGCCGGGAAUGGGAGACAGAUCGGGUUGUUAUCGUUGCGGGCAGGAAGGCCACUGGUCCAAAGAAUGCCCUCUAGACCAAAAUGGCUACCACAGAAACGGCUCAGAGCCACAAUCUGAUGGAUACAAUGCCUCGAGAUUUGCCGGGCGUGGUCGCAGCAGGGGUUAUCAUCCGGACUUCAGUGGCGAGCCCGAUUAUGGUGGCAGCUAUGCUCCUGUGCAUGGUUUUUCCCGGGGUCAAAGCAGCAGCAGCAUGGCAGGGUACAGAAGAGGUGCUGGCUAUGAGAGCGCAAUGAGAUACGGGCCACACCCAGGUUAUGGCAUAAGUGCUGUUGCUGAUCAUAGCAUGGCUCGGAUGUAUGGCAGCGAGGCAGCAUACAGGGGCAACAGCUCACUCUAUGGCGCGGUACCAGCCUACCCGAUGCGACGGUCGUCUUAUGAGGAAAGGGAUCCGUACGGGGUCGUGGACUACUACGAGAAGUACAGGGCCAAUUCUUAUGGAGGCAGUUAUUUCGAGGAACGUCGCGCUGUCCCCUUGCCUGCUCCAUCAACAUCCUCUUCCACGGCUAUAAUGAGAGAACGUCUGCCCCCCUCUAGCCUCGACCCCUACGAGUGCCCUCCCCUCCCUCCUCCACCAGCCCCAGUCUCCUCAUACUACGCACGUGACCGGAGUCCGAUUCGGAGAGUCGCUGCCGAUGCAGAUGGAUAUGCAUAUGAGCGUUCGCGCCUUUCCCCAGUGACCGCCCUUCCAAGAAGCUCUACCUAUGACCAUACGCGGGAUCCCGGCGCUGAGCGGGCACGGUAUACAUACUAAUCCUUGUUCCCUAAAGCCAGGUGACAGCUGACUCACAUUUUGAACGUAGGAUAGCCAAAGUGCCAUUGGAAUCAUUGAAAUUUAAACAUUAAGCAGUAUGUAAAUUUUCAAGUCAGCCCUCUGUGUAUGUGAGGUGUGUGGGUGGGUAGCAGGAAUAAGGUUCUAAUAAAUUUAGCCUAUAUUAGUCAUUGAGUACAUUUCAGUGUGAAUGGUUGAAUACAUUCACAUUAUGCUAUGAUCUCAUUCCAGGUUAUGCUUCACCAUGCAGUACAACUACUAGCUCAUUAACGCUGAGGGAAAUGGCUAUUUGAUCUCCUGCUUGAUUGAAUGAUUUUGGCCACAUACAAAUAAACAGGUCGCCUGUUUCUUUCCUAGUAGGUUUAUCUUAACUGUAAAAGAGAAAAUACAGAGAAAAAAUAUCCAGAAAAACACAUUAUAUAGCAGUUAUAACUUAAUUUUCAGUUGAUCAAGUAUUUGAUCCCCCUGCAAAACAUGGCUUAGUACUUGGUGGAUUAACCCUUGUUAGCAAGUACAGACAUCAGAUGUUUCUUGGAGGUAUUUUAGACCACUCUUCUUUGCAGAUUCUCUCCAGAGUGUUAAGGUACCGAGGCUUAGAAAUGCGAAGUUUCAGCUACCUCCAUAGAUUUUCUUAAUCGUCUGGAGAUUGACUAGGCCAGUGUCCUUAACACUCUUCUUCUUGAACCACUUGCCCAUAUGCACUGGGUCAUGAUCUUGCUGGAAGAACCACGUGUAACCCGUUUUAAGUACUGUGGCUCAGGGAAGGAGGUUCUCACCUAAGAUUUCUCAGCACUUGGCCUCAUUCAUUGUGUCUUGGAUGCAGUACAGUUGUCCUGCACCCUUGGCAGAGAAACGGCCCCAAAGCAUAAUGGUUCCACCUCUGUGCUUGGCUGCAGGGCUGGUUUUCUUGGGGUCAUAGUCGGCAAUCUUCUCUCUCCGAACACAGUGAGUCGAAUUGAUGCCAAAGAGCUCAAUUUUGGUCUCAUCUGACAAAAUCACAUUCUCCUAAACUUCCUUAGUAUUGUUCAAGUGUUCAUUGGCAAACUUCAGACAAGAAUCUACAUGUGUCUUCUUGGGCAGAGGGACCUUGUGGGCGCUGCAGGAUUUCAUUACGACGUUACCAAUGGUGUUCUUAUUGGCUGUAGUCCCAGCUACGUUGAGAUCAUGAACAAAUUCUUCCCUUUUAAUUAUGGGACCAUAAUUGGCCUUUCUGAUGAUCAUAGAUACUGCAUGAGGUGAGAGCUUGUCUGUUUUUGGGUAGUUGGUGGUGCAGUUGAGGAUGCAAAGUGUGAUUCUUUGGACAGGUUUCUUUCUCACAUGUACACAGUUCAGAUUAUUAGUUUCUGAAGCAGAAUGGGCCAAUAUGUGUGCCUCUUGGCCUCAUAACCAAUCUGUGAGAGCCAGAAUUCUUGCUGGUGAGAAAGGAAUCAAAUACUUACUCCCCUUGAUCAACUGGAAAUUAAUUUUAACUGUCGUAUAAUGUAUUUUCUGGAUUUUUUGUUCAUAUUCUGUCUCUUACAGUUAAAAUAAAUCCACUAGUAAAAUUAUAUACUGCUUCUUUUUUUUGUAUGUGGCCAAACUCAUGACGUGUGCAGGGGAUCAAAUACUUCCUUCGUUCACUGUAACCAGCUUUCAUUGUGCUAUUUCCAUGUUUUGCUAUUGAUACAGUUCUGAGAUGACUUAGCCAGUGUAGAACUGCAGACACGAUGUUUAUCUGCAACCUGGUUCCAUUCAUCCAAUCAUGAUAUUGUUUUUAAAAAAAAAAAUAAAUAAAAAAUCUUUGGUCUUCUGAAAACAGAUACAUAUUCAUAUACUCUUUCAAAACUUUGAAAUGAAAUUAGUGCAUGGUGCAUGUUUUAAAGGUGAGUCUUGCGUUAAAUUGUAUUCAGCAACAUUUACUAUGUUACUAUGUGCAUUUUAGUGUAUUUGUGUUAGUAGAAGUUCACAUUGUUAGUGCAUAUGUGAAGCAAUGGCAAAGCAGCUGUGAAUACUGUAUGCUUCUUCACAUGCUUGUACCAAAUAUGGACUUGUGCAGACUUCAAAAUGGUUACAGUUUUGGAUUUAGGUUAUGUCAACAAUUUGUGAAAGUACUUCAACUUUUUAAAAAAAAAAUGAAACUGCGUUUUAAGCUUGCUUUUUUGUUUUAUCGUUAGUAGGUGCAUUACUUAAAUUACAUUUAUUGUCAUGACCAUGAGGCUGCACAUUUUUAGCAUGUGGUAAUGUCAUAAUUAAAUGUCUUCAAUUGCCUAUUCUGUCUCCCUUGAUUUCUCACUGUUAGAUUAAAAGUAAAAUCUGUCUGAA